AUGAGAUCAUUGUCAUUGUCAUUUAAUUUAUUUAUUAUCUUUAUCAUUAAUCUAGGUUAUGUUAAUUCAUUUUUAAUACCAAUAAAAGGACUAAACUUGCUCCCUCUACAGCAGCAAAAGCAUCAACAAUCAAUAUUCUCAAAUAAUUUUAAAUCAACACCGCUGCCAACUUCAUUUGAUGAUUGGUUAGUUUUCCAAAAACAGGUUUGUUUAAAUUCAAUACUUAAUAAUAUUGGUGGAGAUUUCACUAUUGAUAACAAAGAUUUAUUACCUGGGGUGGUUAUAGCAUCACCAUCAACUUCAAAUCCUGAUUAUUAUUAUCAAUGGACAAGAGAUUCUGCUAUUAUAAUUAAUAUUUUGAUUGAUCAUGUAUCACAAACUCCUUUAUAUUUCAAAAAAAAUUCAACUUCAAGUUUAAUUCGUAUUAUUGAAUCAUACAUUUUUAAUAACCAAGUUUUACAACAAUUACCCAAUUUAUCUGGUGAUGUUGAUAAUUUACAAAAUUUGGGUGAGCCGAAAUUUCAUGUCAAUUUGACGGCAUUUAAUGAAUCUUGGGGUCGUCCUCAACGAGAUGGACCAGGAUUAAGAUCAAUUACCAUAAUGAAUUAUUUAAGUUUAUUAAAUAAUACUGAACAAAUUACAACAUUUUCUAAUUUGACAAUAAAUGAUACCCAGAAAAUAUAUCAUGACAUUAUAAAACCUGAUUUGCAAUAUUCAAUUGAAUAUUGGCAAUUUGAAGGAUUUGAUUUAUGGGAAGAAAUUAAGGGGAUACAUUUUUUCACUAGUUUAAUACAAUUGAAAAGUUUAACUAUGGGAUUGAAAUUUGCUGAGUUUUAUAAUGAUUCAUUCGAAUUUAGACUUGAUUUAAUGAAUCUGAUUAAAUUAUUAACUAAAUAUAUUGAAUUAGAAGCGGGAUUCAUCAAUGGUGCAGACAGUGAUGACGAUGAAAGUGAACAACAAUUGCUUUCAAAAUCAUAUAUAAUUUCAUCCCCAAAAUUUUUCUAUACUAAAUCAAGAAGUGGAUUAGAUAUUGCCACCAUUCUUGCCGUAUUAUAUACCCACAAUAAUAAUGAUGAGGUUGACGAUUUCCCAUUUGAUGUGGAUAAUGGAUUGGUAUUAACAACAUUAAGAUAUCUUAUUCAAGAUAUGACAUUUAGAUAUCCAAUAAAUUUUCAAGAUAAUUUUCAAGGAGUAGCAUUAGGUCGAUAUCCGGAAGAUAUUUAUGAUGGACAUGGUAAAUCGGAAGGAAAUCCUUGGUUUAUCAGUACAGCAACUGCAAGUGAAUUGAUUUAUCGAUUAAUUUAUAAAUUGAAAUUGAAUAAUCAGGAUAUUAUAAUUGAUCAACAUAAUAUUGAGUUUUAUGAACAGUUUAUCCAGAGUAUAACCGCAAUUAGUUCCAACAAUAAACAAAAUUUGAAAGACCAUACUAUUAGUGGACAUCCAAUUAUGAUAAUCAAUAAAGACGAUCAAUUAUAUGAUGAAUUGAUCAAUAAAUUAUUUCAUUAUGCUGAUGGGUUUUUAAAAGUUGUUCAAAAACAUAUUGAUAAUAAUGGUGAUAUGAAUGAACAAUUUAAUAAAUAUAUUGGGUUUAUGCAAGGAGCAAAAAAAUUGACUUGGAGUUAUGGAGCUGUAUUUACAGCAAUUAAUUGGCGUAAUAAAACUUUAUCAAUUUUAUGA